AUGCUUUCUGCAGAAAAGCCGGAACAGGCUCCACGUGCGAAGGGCCUGGACUCUGCUGUGCGGAAAAAGGCUAUUGGCGGACUCCUGAAGGCGGCAAAGACGGGGCACCUGGAAGCGUCCCUCCGCCAAUUUGAAGAGACUGCGGAAGCAGCGGAGGAGCCUGCCAUGACCUUGGAAGAGCUCCGGAGGCCGGCGACCUGA